CCGAGAGGCCGUCCUCUGGAUGGCCGUGCACACAAACAGAAGAAAGCUCUUGAAUUCUUCUCCAGAGAAAUCGCGUCUGCAGGAACCGGCAUGGCUCCCGGACUGACCGGCAUCGUCGGCGGACGACCCAGAGUAUCUCCUGUCCUGAAGCCGUUUUUCUUCUUACAGCCCAAGUCUGAGCUGAAGGUGGAUGUUCACGUCGCUGGAAACCUGGUGGAGUCUCUUGUGGGGUCAGGCGCAGACACACCUGAGCAGGAAGACCCUCCUGCCUCAACAGAGGACGUACCUGACAGAGAGCUGCCCAGCGGACGCCACAGCUACAGACUGGAGGAGCUGGCCUACACGAGGAGUGGAGACAAAGGAGACACGGCCAACAUCGGAGUCAUAGCUCGUCAUCCCCUCUUCUUCCCCUACCUGAAGAAACACCUGACUUCUUCUGUGGUGGAGGAAUACUUCUCCCACCUCAUCCAGCCGGGGGUGAACAACGCGGUGAAACGAUACACUCUGCCGGGGAUCCACGGCCUCAACUUUGUCCUGCAGAGUUCACUCGGAGGGGGAGGGGUGGCGUCUCUACGCAGCGACCCCCAGGGUAAAGCUUACGGUCAGAUGCUGCUGGACUUGAAGCUGAGAGGAUUACCCGACCUCAAAUCACUGGUGGACUAAAAGAAAGCGCGAGAGAGCUGUGAGAAACCCGAAGACCACAAGCUUACAGUAGCAUUAAAUGUAUAUUCAGAUUCAUUCAAACCUGCCACCAUGAGACUCACAGGAGUUUACUUUACACUACAAACACAAGGAGAGCUUUCAGGAAACUGUCGAGUAAAACGAGAAAGUUUAAACGUUCACAUCAGUCGUCUGAAGUCACCACGUCCGUAAUCUAAGUAGAAUUCAGGGUUCGACACGUGAAAUUAUUUCAACAUUUCAAUCUACGUCUGUCGCUGCAGCUCACGGUGCAUGUGAGUCGCCUUGUUAAAGACGUGAUUAGUAUUAAAGGGGCUAAUAUAUGAUGUGAUUAAUUCAUUAGUGGCCGUUAAUAAUGGCAAUAGACUUGACUUUGAAUCGCACGUUUAACACUCUUUGUGUUAUUUGUGUUCAGGCAGCCACGCUUAAUAUAAUUUCAGAACAACGAUAUCAGUAUUGCAACAGUUUCGCUUUGAGCGGCAACAUCAAUUCACCCAUGAAAGAAGUGAUCCUGAAACUCAAAGGUUCUGCCAAACGAAUGACUCAACGUGUCCUUGGAUUUGGUCAGUAAGACAUGUCCCUGCAGAACACACGCUUUAUCAUCUCACACGUUCAGUUUUCAGAUGUCAGCAAACAUGAAGUUCAUGAAGCUUCUGUGAGCUCAAGGCAAAGACGGAGAGAGGUUUUCUGUCCUGCAAGCUCAGACUAGUUGUGGUUCAAGGGAACAUUUUUGGGGGGUAAAUGUGCAUGUUGUCAUCACAAUCCCGGACUUGAGCACCACACCAGCUUCAGGCGCCCCUGACCUCCAGAGAAGCAGUGGUGGUGGUUUGGGUUUCCCUCGGAGGGUAAACAGAGCAUCCACCAUGGCGGACGUGGUAGAGGCAUCCUCGAGGCCUCAGGUCGAACGGGCGCUGCGCCUGUUUUUUAGCUCGUUCACCUCGACGCGACCCGGCUCCGAUGUUCGCCGCCCCGCAGGAAUGCGUGCCUCCUUCCACCAAACUGACUCUCUGGCUUUCAGUCUGUUUAUCCAUAAUUGCAAACAGACCGAAAGCCGCAGUCGGAGUCACUCCACAGCUUCCGUCGUGGCUGAAAACUCAUCUCACCCACCUCCUCUGAAUCAUAUCGCCCCCUCCUCACGCUGCUGCAGUUGGAGAAGAAAAAAUACCUCUUCAACUCUUUCCUGGCGCUUCUCCUUCUCUUUGCAAGGAGGAAAAAUGUUCAGCCACCGUUGUUCCGACCCUUGACUCUGACCUCUUUGGGAAUCUGGUGAUGUUGGUGUUUAAUCUUAUUUUCUGUGAGCCCCAAACACAGAAAAGAACCACAUUAGACAGUCUGCCCCAAACAAAAACUAAACAAUGGUCUUCUAAACAGACGUACAAAGAGUUUUACACACAAUAACAACAUAAUAAAUGACAGCAUACAAAUCCCUCCAGACAUGAAUUGAAAGCAGAGUUGCAUGAUUAUAAAUCAGACCAAUAAAAAGGGGGACUCACACGGGAAAAAUAAAACUCAGCUUUUCUUCGGGAUGACGCUGAAGUGGUCAGAUUCUCGACUCGAGUGAAGUGUUAAAAUCAAAGCUGUAAAUUCCCAAAACCCCAGAUUAAAACCUCGGUGUCACAAUUUAACAUGGAAAUGUGGGAAAAAAAACACUCCCAUCUUAUCGAUGAAGAAACAACUGGGAAGGGUUCACAUCUGUCCAGCAUAUUGCCGCUUCCCGAAACACCGACCCUGUGAAAUAUUGGCAACGCUGCGCGUUAAUUAUUCUGAGGAACUUUGUCCAACUCUUUCUUCAGUCAACCCCCCAGAAUAACACAUUGUUUGAUGUUUACCCAAAGGACUUCAUGUAGCCUUGAGUGUGUCGAAAACAGGAUUUCUAAACGAUGCUUGGUCAUUAAGUUGAGCAUGUUUUAGUAAUUUUAGAUGCUCUCUUUUGUCUUGCUUUCCUCAACGAAUAUUUUGACAUAAAUUCAGGCGUUUAAUGUCCGUCCAACCCCUUGACAUCCGUGACAUCCUCCUUAUGCUCGAAAUUACGAUGGGUGAUUUGACAUGUUGUCCAGUAGACUUGCUAAGUCCAUGUUAUUAGAUUUAUAAUAUUCUUUUGUUCAAAAUAUUGUCAGUUAUGACUUUUCGUCCAGGGCCCUCUAGACGAGAUACGUUUAACUUUAAUGUGCAAAGAAGUAUAUAACAAAUAAACGUAGAUCAAAAUGAGAAAUGUAAAUUAGCUUCGAUAAUAUAAAAAUCAGAAGAAAUUGAUGUAAUAUAAACUUAACUCAAUCCAUGGAAGAGGUUUUGUUGAUGUACUCCCAGAUCUCAUGGCAAUCCAUCCAGUACUCAUUGAUAUUUCACUGUGUUUGCCAAAACAACUAAAGGUCCGAGCAGUGAGCCUUGUGGAACGCCACAAACAAAACAACCAAUCAAAUUUCAUCUGUUGGUUUAGUUUUAUUAUUUUGAGACAACAAAUCUGUGCCAAACAUCCGUCAACAGAUGAAAUAUGCUGAUACUGUAAUGUAAUUAUUACAAUAAUGCCUCAACCAACCAGCACGGUUCCUCGUCUCGAUCAUGUUUUCAGGACGUGACGAACUUGCUGUUAGAUCGCUGUGUCGGUUUUAUUUUUGACACUCUUUUGUCUCUUUUUUAAAAAUCAAAGAUGCCUCGAAAUGCAACGCGUUAACAUUCGACGCUCACUUCUGCCUUCUUGUGUACUUUUUUAAAAUUCAUAUCACAGUUUGAUUCUUUUGUUUUCUACACAUGGAAAAACAAAAAAUCACUAAAUGCAUUUAAACAGUGAGUUGAUUUCUGUUUGACUUUGUAGAUACUAAACCGAAAAGAGAUUAAAAAUAUUUUUGUGGGCAAA